AUGACAACGGCGGCUGAUGCGUUGGCUGCGGCCAAUGCGGCGACGGCCGCCAUUACGGCUAAUGACGCUCGCAUCGACGCCAUAGAACAAGGCCAGACGACCAUCGCAGCCCAGCUGACGACCUUGACGGCUCAACUUCAAGCUUUUCUCACAGCCGGUGGUGGCGCUGGUGGAGGUGUUGGCGGCGGCGCAGGUGGUGGCGCUGGUGGAGGUGUUGGCGGCGGCGCAGGUGGUGGCGCUACUGGUGGAGGCAGCGGUGGCGCUAGUGGUGGAGGCAGCGGUGGCGCUAGUGGUGGUGGCGCCGGUAGCAGCGGUGUCGGUGGUGGUGCCGGCGGAGGCGGUGUUGUUGGUGGCGUUGCUGGGCAUGCGGUUCCACAUCCAAGGCGGCGGCUCGAUCCAUCUGGAAUGGAUAAACUUCACGGUGACAUCACUAUUUCGUUACUGCGUUCUUGGAGAAAUCGGUGGAACGAUUUUGCGGAGUUGAACCAGCUUCUCACCUAUCCGGUCACGGAACAGAUGGCCGCUUUUCGCAUAACCCUCGACUCCACGAUGCAACAGGUGGUAGAAGUGGCACUGGGGAUCACACCCGCAACCGUUACGACCCCCGACCAAGUUCUCGACCUCAUCGCGGAUUACAUCCGUGCGAAACGCAAUGUGGCACUCGACCGAGUGGCGUUUGAAGAACGUCGUCAAGGUCCAUCAGAAUCUUUCGAUGAUUUUUACAUCGGCCUGCGCCGUCUAGCAGAAGCGGCAGAUUUAUGUGGUGCGUGUUCUGAAACGCGAUUGGUGACUCGUAUCAUUGCCGGGACGCGCGAUGCUGAGACGAAGAAGAAACUAUUGGCCAUCAGUCCUUUCCCCUGUUUGCAGGUGGCGGUCAACAUCUGCCGCAGUGAAGAGUCGGCCCGUGCGAACGAGCGCACUCUUAGUGGGCAAUCAGGUGUUGCAGCUAUUCAUCCCAAGAACGGCAAGGUUGACAAUCGGUCAUCGAAUGAGUGCGGCGCGUGUGGCCGCUCGGCUCAUGUGAAUGGUGCGACAUGUCCGGCGAUGGGCAGAAAUUGCCAUGCGUGUGGAAAGCCAGAUCAUUUCUCUCCCAGAUGCCCCAAUCGUGACAAAGGGAAGUUCGGCGCAAACGGAGGAAUGGGCGGCGGAGCUAAAUCCAAAAUGGCUCACAUCACCAUCGGAAAUGUCCAGGAUACUCAUCGACGGCGCUGUUCUCCGACCAUAGUGUUGAACGUGAUUUGUGACGAUGGCAGUGUCGGUGCUCAAAUCAGUGACGUUAUUCCCGAUCCAGGCGCUGAGGUCAGUGUCGGCGGCCGUGAUGUUAUGGCAUCUUUAGGCCUAUCUGAAAAGGAUCUGGCAGCUUCGUCUUUUGACUUAGUGAUGGCCGACAGAUCCUCUCCGUUGUUAUCGAUUGGACAGCGCGACAUUCACGUCCGGUAUGGAGAUCGGAGCGCUCAUAUCACGAUUGUGUUCUGCCCGGAGAUUCGCGGCAUGCUCUUAUGCCGGUUGGAUUGCGUUGAAUUAAAUAUUCUGCAUCGACAAUACCCGAAGCCGCUGUCUCGAGUGCGUUCGGUAACGUUGUCGUCGCCGGAGGAAAGUCCACCACGUGAUUCAACUUCACCUUCAUCGGGUGGGACAUUUCUCAAGGAUAUUUACAUCCCUAUGGAGCCUACCGCGGAGCAGAUUUCGACCAUCGAGGCGGCUAUCAGCGCCGAGUUUGAAGUGGUUUUUGACCAGGAAGAGGGGUUACGCCAAAUGACAGGCCCGGACAUGGUAAUUCAGCUCCGCGACGAUGCAGUCCCAUUUUAUGUUAAUGGUGCGCGACCUAUUGCUUUCGGGGAUCGCGCUGACGUGAAACGUGUGCUCGAUGACCUAGUGGCGAAAAAAGUGAUCAUUCCAGUCAGUGAGGCGUCGGAGUGGGCCGCUCCAUUAGUCGUCAUUCGGAAUGCAAAAACUGGAAAAAUUCGUAUAUGUGUGGAUCAUACACGUCUAAACAAGUUCGUGUUACGCCCUACCCAUCCAACGCGUACACCACGCGACGCGGUAGCGGAAGUGGAUAGUGAAAGCCGAUACUUCACCAGCUUCGAUGCGGCCAACGGGUAUUAUCAGAUACCCCUCCAUCCCUCCUGCCAACAUCUCACUACGUUUAUGACCCCCUGGGGUCGCUACAAAUUCCUUCGCGUGUCCAUGGGAUUAUGUUGUUCCGGGGACGAGUACAAUCGGCGAGCGGAUGUCGCGUUUGCAGCGUUGUCUUACACCGUGAGAGUGGUGGACGACUUGCUGCGAUUUGACCGGACAUUCCCAGCUCACGUCGCGGGAGUAUGUGCAGUAUUGCAGGCAGCGCGGACGGCAGGAAUCACCUUCAGCAAGGAGAAAUUUCGGUUUGCUCAACCCCGCAUUUCUUGGGUCGGAUAUGACAUCCGGCACGGUGGCAUCACCAUCGAGGAAGAAAAAUUAAAAGCGCUGUCACAUUUUCCCAAGCCAACCAACGUAUCUGAGCUACGGUCUUUCAUGGGAUUGGUCGAGCAAUUGGCCGGCUUUUCUACCGAAGUGGCGGCGGCAAAGAGUCCCCUUCGUCCCCUGCUCAGCACACGCAACCCUUUCGUAUGGACCGAGGAUCAUGAUCGGUCUUUCGAGGCUGUAAAGCUGGCCCUUGUCUCUCCGCCAGUGUUGGUGCAUUUCGACCCUAUGCGUGAGACAACAAUCCAGGUCGAUGCAUCGCGCAAACACGGCAUGGGAUAUGCGCUACAACGCCAUGGCGAUUCCUGGAAGCUGGUGGACGCUAACUCACGCUGGUGCUCGGAUACGGAGUCGAGAUAUGCAGUGGUGGAACUUGAGUUGGCGGCGGUGGAAUGGGAAAUCCGGAAGUGCCGACUUUAUUUAUCCGGAUUGCCCAAUUUUACAUUGGUGGUUGAUCAUCAAGCAUUGGUGGCUAUAUUGGAUCGAUACACAUUGGACGCUAUCGACAAUCCCAAGAUCCAGCGCCUGAAGGAGCGUCUCUCCCCAUACGCAUUCACAACGGUAUGGCGAAAGGGGAAGGACCACGCUAUUCCUGAUGCGUUAUCGCGAGCGCCGGUGAAUGAUCCGGCGGCGGACGAUGAAUGCGUCUGA